UUUUUAAUCUCAUUGGCAAGCAAUAGUUAAAAGUCAACAGGGGAGCACAAAAUCUUCAUCCUCCUCCAGCCACAUCUCGGUUGCAGUCCAAGCUCACCAGAGCCCGCUCGCAUUCGAUCUAGUGGAAUACUAUAUUUCCAAAUACACCUUAGUGGUGGGCCCCACAAACGGUCAGCCCAGCCCAGCUCACCAACCCCCACCAGCCCAAUACCAAAACCACCACGGAGUACACGGAGUAGGUGAAUACCACUUUCUCUCUCCUCAAGAACCACACUCUUUCUCUCUCUACAAAGCCACCCCUCUAAACCCCACGGCACCCCCCACCCACCCCCAGACAGGAACACGCUCGCUAACGGCAAGCACAAUGCCGCCGGAACCGUCAGAGACCAAUCCUGAAGCGCCACCGCCCAACUUCUGGGGCCACGCACCGGAGGAGGAGUACUACACCUCCCAAGGCGUGCGCAACACCAAAUCCUACUUCCAAACCCCCACCGGCGCCGGCAAACUCUUCACGCAGUCUUUCCUGCCGUUGGAUCUCCCGGUCAAGGCCACGGUCUUCAUGUCCCACGGCUACGGAUCCGACACCGGCUGGCUCUUCCAGAAGAUCUGCAUCAACUUCGCCACCUGGGGCUACGCCGUCUUCGCCGCGGAUCUCCUUGGCCACGGCCGAUCCGACGGCAUCCGCUGCUACCUCGGCGAUAUGGAGGGCGUCGCCGCCGCGUCCUUGUCGUUCUUCAAGAGCGUGCGCACCAGCGAAUCCUACCGCCACCUCCCGGCCUUCCUCUUCGGGGAGUCAAUGGGUGGGGCCGCCACCAUGCUCAUGUAUUUCCAAUCGGAGCCCGAAACGUGGACGGGCCUGAUCUUCUCGGCCCCACUGUUCGUCAUGCCGGAAAACAUGAAGCCGUCGAAGGCGCGUCUGUUCUUGUAUGGACUCCUCUUCGGGAUGGCCGACACGUGGGCGGCGAUGCCCGAUAACAAGAUGGUUGGAAAAGCGAUCAAGGACCCCGAGAAGCUGAAGAUCAUAGCCUCAAACCCGAGGAGAUAUACGGGCCCACCCAGAGUGGGGACCAUGAGGGAACUGGCUCGGGUGUGCGAGUACAUACAGAAUAAUUUCUCGAGGGUAACGGCGCCGUUUUUUACGCUGCACGGGACGGCGGACGGAGUCACGUGCCCCACGUCGACCUCCCUGUUGUACGAGAAGGCAUCCAGUGUGGACAAGUCCAUGAAGCUGUAUGAUGGAAUGUACCAUUCUUUGGUGCAAGGGGAGCCUGAUGAGAAUGCUAAUGUCGUGUUGAAGGACAUGAGGGAAUGGAUUGAUGAGAGGGUGGAGAGGUAUGGGCCUAAAGGCACUUGAUUAUUUUCUAUUUAUGGGUCGGGUUAGGGUUUGGGCGGCCCGGGUCGGGUUGGGCCGUCUCGUGAUUGGUAUUGAAUUUUAUGGUAAAAAGAAAAUUGAAUACAAUGUAAUAAAUGAUGAGCUUAAUUCUCUUCAAGAGGUUAAAAUUUGUAUUCACAAGGGAGGUGUAUGAUAUCAUAAAAAUUGCGUCAAUUUGCAA